AAAUGCAGAGGCUGCAGCGGCGGCGGCAGUAGCGGCAGCGGCGACGGCGGUGGCGGCAGCGCUCCAACUCGCUCCACGCUCCGGGCUCCGCCGUCGAGCCGGGAGAGAGAGAGCCUUUGCUGAGCGACCAGCCACCCGGCCGGACGACACCAGCCACCCGGGCCCCUUGGAGGCACCGCGCUCACCCAGGGCCGCCACAGGCACCCAAAGCCGAACUCCAAGAUGGGAGGCAAGCUGAGCAAGAAGAAGAAGGGCUACAAUGUGAACGACGAGAAGGCCAAGGACAAAGACAAGAAGGCCGAAGGCGCGGGCACCGAGGAGGAGGGGACCCCGAAGGAGAGCGAACCCCAGGCGGCCGCCGACGCCACCGAGGUCAAGGAGAGCACGGAGGAGAAGCCCAAGGACGCGGCGGACGGCGAGGCCAAGGCAGAGGAGAAGGAGGCCGACAAGGCAGCGGCGGCCAAGGAGGAGGCGCCCAAGGCCGAGCCCGAGAAGAGCGAGGGCGCCGCGGAGGAGCAGCCCGAGCCCGCGCCGGCGCCCGAGCAGGAGGCGGCCGCGCCCGGGCCCGCUGCGGGCGGCGAGGCCCCCAAGGCCGGCGAAGCGAGCGCCGAGAGCACGGGCGCGGCCGACGGCGCGGCCCCGGAGGAGGGCGAGGCCAAAAAGACUGAGGCUCCCGCCGCCGCCGGCCCCGAGGCGAAAAGCGACGCGGCCCCGGCGGCUUCAGACUCUAAACCUAGCAGCGCGGAGCCCGCGCCCUCGUCCAAGGAGACGCCCGCCGCCUCCGAGGCGCCCAGUUCCGCGGCCAAGGCCCCCGCGCCCGCCGCGCCCGCAGCCGCCGAGCCCCAGGCCGAGGCACCCGCCGCCGCCGCCAGCUCCGAGCAAAGCGUGGCCGUCAAAGAGUAACCGGGACAGCCAACCAGAACCGACGCCACUCGCAAACGACCUGUCUUCUCACGCUCUCUCUCUCUCUGUUUCUCACUCUGUCCUCUCUCUGUCUCUAUCCUAUACUAACUUGUUUCAAAUUGGAAGUGAGGAUAUGUAUUGCCCAAGGGAUUAAAUAAACAAAAGAAAAGAAAAGAGAAAAAAAAUAAAGAGGAUGUGUCCCAUCAGGGGAGGGAGGGGGCGGGGAGAAUCCAAAUAGUAUUUUUGUGGGGAAAUAUCUAAUAUACCUUCAGUCAACUUGACCAGUCAGUCCUGGAUUUUCGAGAUCAUUGUCUGAAAGUACAUCAUCUGUACCCUGAACCGCUGUCCCCUAGGCUCCAUCCUUAAAAACCCCAGCAUCUCUCCCGCGAUGCAGCUGGGGAGGGAGGCGUUUGAUUCUGCCCACAGGACCAGUGCCAAGGCAAUCAGAUCUUUAUGAAAGCAGUAUUUUCUGUGUUUCCUUUUUAAUUUACAGCCUUUUUCUUAAUUUUUUUGGUAUUUUUUUAAACGUUCGUGGAUGAAUGCCAACUUUCAGACGGAGCCCACUUAGCUUGUCCACAUGUAUCUCAAUGCCAACCCUCCAUUUUUCCUCUCCAGAUAUUUUUGGGAGUGACAAACAUUCUCUCAUCAUACUUAGCCUACCUAGAUUUCUCACGACGAGUAAUGCAUGUCCGUGGUUGGGUGCACCUGUAGUUCUGUUUAUUGGUCAGUGGAAAUGAAAAUAAAAAAAAAUAAAAAAUAAAAAAAAAAGAAGUCUGCGUUCACUGCAGCGCCAGUUUUCUUCCAUCUGUGUCUCAGACACCAACACACCACCCAUUGGAAAAAUGGAAAAAAAAUAAAUAAAAAAAUAAAAAAAAUGUACAAUGGAUGCAUUGAAAUUAUAUGUAAUUGUAUAAAUGGUGCAACAGUAAUAAAGUUAAACAAUUAAAAAGUA